GUAGAGUUUCAGCAUUUGUUUCCAUGUGGAUGUCAUGUAAUUUAUUUCCUGUGUUGUACGUUGGCAUUAGUCUUGGGAUUUACGUCACUCCCUGGAGGGAGGUGACCUUAUCUGUCUGUGCUCAAUUUGCAAUAGUAACAUGGACUAAAUAACAGGAAAUAUAUAUUGCAACAUGCGCACCACUGCAGGCUACAUCUAAAAUAUCUAGAGGGAUAUUUCAGUACCUUCACAGAAUAGUGUGCGUUGCAGGGGUUUUAUUUUGGAUUGCAUAAUAUUCUAACACCUUCCUGCUAUUUUGUCCACUGCCUACAUGCACAUACUCCUGAAGAACAGGCAGGUUUGACCAUCUUAACCACUUCUUUUAAGGACAUUAAAAAAAACUUAACUUAAAACUUAAAAUACAUUUUGUGGAUGUGCAAACCAACAGUCCUGUUAAUUAUUAUUAAAAAAAUGUAAUUGAAUAACUGUAGCUGUUUCAUGACUAGUUGUCCAUUUCCAUGCCCCAGAAGUGAAAUGACAGGCCUGUCUGUCCAGUUGUGGUAACUGCUGACAUAUUUCAGCUCUUCCUCAUUUAAAUCAAAUGAGUUAGUGAGUGAGUGUUGCUGAUUGAAGGCUGGUUUCCUGAAUGUGUCAUGAUCCGUUUCACUUGCAUCGAGCAACAGCCUGGUACACGGCUGGGCGUUGUAAAGUGACUUAAAGUUUAGUGGAUUCUCCAACGGGGGCUAUUUUAAACUGCUGAGAUGUCAUUACAAUUUAAAGAUGCCUUUUGGGCUCAGGACUUCAUCAGCAAUAUUGGGUAUGAGACUAUUAUUCAUAGACUUAACGAUGGCCGCCGGACAUGUAAAGACAUGGAGGAGCUCUUGAAACUGAGGGCAUCAGCAGAGGAGAAAUAUGGCAAGGACCUGGUUACCAUUGCCCGCAAGGCUGGGGGUCUACAGGAAAUCUGCACUUUGAAAACAUCUUUUGAUGAAAUGAAAACACAAAUCAAGAACAUAGGAAACUUGCACAUUCAGCUCUCUGGACUCUUAAAGGAGGAGGUGAAGAGAAUGGAGCAAUUCAGAGACCGACAGAAAGAACAGAGAAAAAAAUUCGAAGUUAUCAUGGAGAAGGUCCAGAAAACAAAAGUCUCCCUCUACAAGAAAACAAUAGACUCUAAGAAGUCUUACGAGCAGCGCUGCAGGGAGGCAGACGAGGCAGAGCACACGGCUGAGAAGAUGGGCAACGCUCCCACAACCACUCCCAAACAGAUUGAGAAGAUGAACAAUAAAUCUAAACAGUGCAGAGAAGCUGCAGAGGAGGCCGAGAAACAAUACCUGUCAAACAUCGAACAGCUUGACAAGAUCCGUCAAGAAUGGGAAUCAACACACAUCAGCACGUGUGAGAUGUUUCAGCAGCAGGAAGAAGACCGCCUCAGCGUCCUAAGGAAUGCUUUGUGGGUGCACUGUAACCAUUUAUCAAUGCAGUGCGUGAAAGACGAUGAGUGUUACGAGGAUGUGAGGAAAGCUCUGGAAAAUUGUGACAUAAUCACAGACAACAACUCCUUUGUGGAGAUGAAAAAAACUGGCUCAACCCCGCCAGCUCCAAUUGAAUACCAAAGUUACUACAACACAGAUGCUUCUACUGAGAGAAAUGGCAGUGCUGGUUUCAUGGGAGUUAUGAAAAGGUUUUCAAGCCUUCUGCAGGGAAACUGUUCCAGUGGCUCCAAAGUGAACAUCGAUGAGCCUGUUGCACAACCUAUUGCAGAAACAUCAGAAGGAGUUUAUGCAUCCAUUCCUGGAUUGCCAGCGUCCCAGCUGAGCCAAGAGGAGUAUAAGGCGGUGUAUGACUAUGUAGCCCAGGGCGAUGAUGAGCUCUCUAUAUCCGCUGGAGACAUUGUGGUUGUCAUAGAACAAGGGGAGGACGGCUGGUGGAUGGUGCAAAGAAAUGGCCUUUCAGGAUUGGUUCCUGGCUCUUACCUUGCCAAAGACUGAGUUCACCCAACAGUCAUAGGUGCCCCCUGUAAUAAGAAGCUCAUAAGCAGGAUCUCUGCUUCUGCGGCACAGCACGACACAUGCACACAGCAUCCCCAGCAUCUAGGAGAGAGAGACAAGCACCUCAUCAAUGUUUCGAAAUGUUUUGGGACU